AUUCAAAUGUCCAAAUGUAUUAUUUCACUUGGGCUAUGUUAUUCAAUUAAAUCUCCGGCAUAAUUUAAAUUCAAAUAUGGCGAAACAGAUUGUUGCCAAUAUACGCAAGUCUUCUAGUUUAAUAGUUUUAGCCAGAGAUAAAAUCAAGGCAGAAAAACAAACAGAUUAUAAGGUGUUAAUGUUCAAACGUCCACCACAGGCCACGUUUAUGCCAAACUCUGCUGUCUUUCCAGGAGGAGUAUUGGAAACGCAUGCAGAUGAGACGCCGUUAUGGCGAAAACACUUUGAUAAUAUGGGGGUUUCAAAACUGCAACUAUCCUUAUUAACCCAAGGCACAGGCAAAAAAUCGGAUAUUUUUACCAAAGAAAAUCCAGAAUCUUUAGAGAGAGAAUUGUCUUUGCGUAUCGCCACUGUAAGAGAAGCCUUUGAAGAAUUAGGAGUUAUAUUUUGUCGGGAUCGCAAAUCUCUAACCGAUGGUAGCGAUGAUGGAUAUGGCAAAUUCAAAGAGGACUUUGACCGACAACACUGGCAAAAACUGGUACAUGAUGAUGCCACUCAAUUCUUAAAACUCUGUGAAACUCUAGAAAUUGUCCCCGAUUUAUGGAGCCUAUACGAAUGGUCUAAUUGGGUAACACCAGCAACUUUCAAAAAACGUUUUAAUGCUGCAUUUUUUGUAAUAGUAUUAAAGACGAUACCAGAUUUGAUAAAAGAAAAACAUGAAGUCUCCGAAUUUGCGUGGAAAACACCUGCCGAAUAUCUACAGCAACAUUUCAAAAAGGAAAUUUGGUUACCACCUCCACAGUUCUACGAACUAUCCCGUCUGCUAAACUAUUCCGAAUUGGAACAAUUUAAAAAAUUUGCCCAAAAACGUUCUGCAGAAGGCUUAGAAGCCAUUCUACCGAUUGAACGCAAAUGUAAUGAUAGCCGUGUCAAUCUUUUGCCGGGAGAUGAUUUAUAUGAUAAUCCUAACUCCUCAACAGAUUUGGUGUCCACACAUAAAACAGCUAAAGAGUAUCGUAAUGGCGUUAAAAAUGUACACCGCAUAGAAUUCUAUGACUCCAAUGAUAUGGUUGUGCAGCUAAAUUUUAAACCACCCCAUGGGCACUUGACACCCAUAAACACAAAUCCAAAGAAGCAUGAAUAAUUUGGGAUGGUGUUAGUGCCAAAAAAGGCAUUUGUUAUUUUAUGAUAUCUUCCAAAUACAAGGUACCUCAGACUAGUUGAAAUUGAUAUUGAUGAUAAGAUAAAAAUAAAAAAA